AAAAGUAGUUCCACACAUCUUAAAACCAUAGAAUGUCGGAUAUGACAGCCAGUUGUCGAAUGUCAUCUACUUAUUGAGAACGAAAAGAAGAGAGACUAAAUGAGUGUACGGGCGUUGUGGAUUAUCUCACAUGACAAAGGGGAAGCUGGAACAGUGCGGUUUUCAAGACGCUAUGCAACAGUUGAACAUCGGGCAAAGUUGCUAGCUGGCACGCAUUAUGUGGCUGUACCGGAGGACCGUGCCAUUCCACAGCUUCUACUGACGGAACUGGGUCUGGUGGAACCUGACAAGCCCUAUGUGGCCAUGCGCGAUGACUGUGCGCGCCAGCAGCACUCCCCAGCUGUGGAGCUCCGUGUAGAUGGGCCAGGCGGGCGCACGCUUUGGCCUGUGUUAACCAUAACCCAAGGGAAGCUAAUCCUAGCCUGUCUACCGCUGGUGGAGGCCCCCCUUGAACCAAGGCCACCUCUCCCUAGCUUGGCGUCAGUGUCCCAUGGUUUGGCUCUGUUGUCUGGUUUGCAGGGCUUCCUGUGUGGGCCUGCAGGUAAACUGCCAGAGCCUGAAGUGUUGGCCUCUCGCUUGGCUGCUCUGCCUUCAGUGCUUCUGCGGAUUUGCCCUCUAGGAACACCCCUGGAUAAAGCUCCUCAGUCUGGAGUCACGCCUGCUCCUGUGGCACCCAGCCCAGGGGGUACCCAGAAGCAGCCGGCCUGGAAAGCAGGGCUCCAUCGGGGGAGGGCGGUAGUGAGCGUGGCCCUUACAGAGAUGGUUAGGUCUAUGCAGUAUGGCAACAGGAGCAGGCAGGACUUGUGGGAUGUGUAUGGCACUGUGACGUGCAAGUGUGAGGUAGAAGGAGUGCUUCCCAAUGUGACAGUCACCCUCACUCUGCCCCCGAAUGGCUCGCCUCUGCAGGACAUUCUGGUUCACCCCUGUGUGACCUCACUGGAUGCCAGCAUGCUCACGGCCAGCAGCAUAGAUGACAGUGAUGGUUCUGCCUUCUCUGGCCCUUAUAAGUUCCCUUUCUCGCCACCGUUGGAGUCAUUUCGGCUCUGCAGUUACACCUCACAGGUACCAGUGCCACCCAUUCUAGGCUCUUACCAGCUUAAGGGAGAAGAGAACCAGCUUAAAUUAAACGUGGGUCUGAAGCUCCACGAAAGUGUCAAAAACAGUUUUGAAUACUGUGAAGCUCAUUUACCCUUUUUCAACAGAAAUCAGAUGGGUAAUGUGGAUGUUAAAGUAAGCUCAGGUCAGCUGGAGGUGUCUAAAGAGAAAAACCUACUGGUUUGGAUCAUCGGCCAGAAGUUUCCCAAAUCUCGUGAGGUCACGCUAGAUGGAACAGUUCAUUUUUCAGGACAACUUCCAGGACCAACAGACCCUCUCUGCACAGAUCUAACAGCCUACAUCAAGCUGUACUUUCGGGUGCCAGACCUAACUUUAUCUGGAUGUUGUGUGGACCAACAUUCUGUGCAGGUCUAUUCCUCUGCCAAGUCAAAGAUUGUCACAUCACGGGAACUGGUUUCUUCAGAAUACUACAUCUGGAAUUCCACAGGAGAUGCCCCUGUGUCGUCUGGACUGCUGAUGCUGUAGUUCUGUCUCCUUUGUCUUCACAAAAGGCAGUAUUUAGCAUAUGUGCUGGUAAAGGCUAAAGUUACAGCUGAAACAGGCUGUGCUACUGGAUAUUCAAAUGUUCAGAGUAUGAAGUGCCUUAUUUUUAAUGGCUUCACUAAAUGAUAGAGUAGGGAGUGGACCGUGACACCAUGUCAAUAUGGAGCUUGCCUUCUAAGGGCACUUGCUCUGGACAUGAAUAGAAACACAAGAUGGACAGAUUGUUACAGACAAGCUGAAGACAAUAUGGACUGUCAGUCUUUCAAAUCUGCAGAUCCAAACCUUUUCCAUGCUUGGUAACGUUAUUACAAUUGCAUUUGUUCAAAAGCCAUUUCACUUCUUUUGUUGUUGUUCUGUUGGUAGGAAGGUGC